ACGCCUUUAUACUGAACAGCUUUCUGUUCGUGUAGGUCUUUGAAACGCUCAGAUUUCUCAGGUCGUAGUUCAUGAAAACAUCCCGUGAGGCAAAACUUUAACUUUUACUAUGAGUUCAUUUCUAACAUAGGAAACAUCUAGCGGAACAUCAACCAGAAAUUCACAAUGCUUCGCAGAUAUUGGGAAAUCUUUUUAAUAAUAUAUUUCUCUUUCAUGUGCGUUGUAGUUGACACCGUAUCAGUGCAUCAACCACAACACCCUAGUGUGUCUUGGGAGACCAACCAUUUCUCUGUGACUGCACAGUGGAGUGAGCCAGCUGUCUUAGAUGCAGGGUGUAAAGCAACCUACAAUGUUGAACUAUAUUCCAUGAAAUGUCCUCCUGAGAAGGCGUCAUACAUAAGUGAAUGGCCAACACAGGAGCUGAAUUAUACAUGGCACAUUUAUGAAGUGAUUGAUGCAAAGUGCGUUGCCCUUCAUACAAUCUUUCAGGGCUGUGGAAACAAAACAUACAGCAAUCAAGUUUACAAAGACAUCCCUCAACCUCAAGUGAAGAACAUCAGUUGUGUUUAUUAUGCUGAAAAGAAGAUGAACUGUACCUGGAAUUUAAUCAGUAAUACUUCUGAUCUCCAGUUCUUUUAUAGUGAUAAAAAAGACAGCCUAAAGCCCUGUGUCGUCUACACUGGAAAUGGCCCCAUGAGGACAGGGUGUCACCUGUAUGGUGAAGAUUUUCUUUCAUAUGACUGGUUAUACAUUCUUUUCAACGGAACGCAUGAAGGCCGCCCCAUUCGGAACAUGUUUUUGAAAAACCCAAGAGAAUCUGUGACAUCACAGCCACCCAAACUUCACAUCACUAGGGACAGAGAUCUUCUUGUCUUUCAGUCAAGCCGUCCAGAUUUCAAAGAAGAAUGUUGGUUGUACAUCUUUCACAUUAAUAAAUGCAGUGAGGGUGAUCAAGUGCAUACAGGAGAUAAACAUUCCAAUUGGUCAGUACGUGUACCAUACGAUGAAGCCUGCAGAUACACAGUUCGAGUGCAGGCGAAUUACAGUUAUUUAUGUGGCAAGGGAGCAAGUGACUGGAGUGAACCUGAGGAUUAUGGUGCUAAUAAUGAUCCACUCUGGAUUUUGAAGGCAACUGUCGUAGUCAUCCCUGUAAUAAUGUCCUGCUGCCUCUUAAUGGCCCUAAUUUUAUUUAGAAGAUACAAAGAUAAAAUUCUCCCCAAAGUGCCUGAACCAUCACUAUUAUUCAGUGAUGUGUUUAAUGAUAAGAAUGAAGGAAAGAUAACUAAGGACCUGCAUGUGGACAGAAUCUAUGUGCCUUCAGAAGAGGUGGUGGAGACAACACUCCAUCUGGAGCCGAAACACCUCAAAGCAUAAAAGCACCUUUUUAUGCAAAGCAGAUUUUAAAAAAAUGUAAAUAUAACAGCUCCAUUAAUAUGAAAAUAUUGUUCAAAUAUAAUUUGUACAGCAACUGUUUUAUUUCAAGACUUUCAUUGUACUGUGGUUGGGAAAAUGCAUUACUCAUAGUCAUAGGAAAUUAUGUACCACACUUGGCAUCUCCAGGUUAGAAUCAGGAACAGUCUAUGUUUCUUUACUGGAAUACUGCUCUGCUUUUGAUCUCUCAUCUUGCCUCUUUUUGUCUGCAUGUUCCUCAAGAUCACAGGGUUUGGCCUGAUGUAUGAAAGGUUGUCUAGUUUUUUAACAUGAGAGAAUGGUGUUUCAUUGCACGUACACAUAAACAUAUAGAUGUAAAAGAAUAAACACACAAUCCUGUUGUUUACAUCUACACAUCUACAGCUACCUGCUUCUCACCCUCAGUGGUAAGUUCUGAGAAGUCCAUAAGAACUUUUUUUUUCUUCCUGUUUUCCAAACAGGUGUAGUGUCAGUAUUACUCAGUCCUAUCUCUCUCACCUAGUCUUACACCUGGAGAACAGAUUUAUUAUGGACUGUUUAUAGAAAGGCCUUGAACUAUGAAGGCCUUUAUUGUUGCAAUACAAUGGCUUGGGUUUGCCUUACUGUUUUCCAAUAAAAGAUUCAAAAGCAAA